CCAGCUUCCGGGGCGGGGACACAAAAGCCCGGAAGUAGUCGAGAAGCUCAGCGGAGGUUUCGGGUUUAAGUUGUUGUCCCUAGUUUUUCCGAGUGUGUAGCUUGUGCCGCUGCCGCCGCUGCCAUGGGAAAACGACAGCACCAGAAGGACAAGAUGUACAUUACCUGUGCUGAAUACACUCAUUUCUAUGGUGGUAAAAAGCCAGAUGUCCCACAAACAAAUUUUCGUCGUUUACCUUUUGACCACUGCAGUCUCUCUCUGCAGCCCUUUGCCUACCCAGUCUGCACUCUGGAAGGUGUCGUCUUUGACUUGCUGAAUAUCGUUCCAUGGCUUAAGAAGUAUGGGACCAACCCCAGCAAUGGAGAGAAACUCGAUGGGAGAUCCCUGAUCAAGCUGAACUUUGCCAAGAACAGUGAAGGGAAGUACCACUGCCCAGUGCUGUUCACUGUGUUCACUAACAACACUCAUAUUGUGGCCAUCAAGAUGACUGGCAAUGUCUAUGCCUAUGAGGCAGUGGAGCAGCUAAACAUCAAGGCCAAGAACUUCCGGGACCUGCUGACUGAUGAGCCCUUCUCUCGGCAGGACAUCAUCACCCUCCAGGACCCCACCAAUUUGGACAAGUUCAAUGUCUCCAACUUCUUCCAUGUUAAGAAUAACAUGAAAAUAAUAGACCCAGAUGAGGAAAAGGCCAAGCAGGACCCAUCUUAUUAUUUGAAAAACACAAAUACUGAGACCCGAGAGACACUGCAGGAGCUCUACAAGGAGUUCAAAGGGGAUGAGAUUCUGGCAGCCACCAUGAAGGCCCCUGAGAAGAAGAAAGUGGACCAGCUGAAUGCUGCUCACUACUCCACGGGGAAGGUCAGUGCAUCCUUCACCUCUACUGCCAUGGUGCCAGAGACCACGCAUGAAGCAGCUGCCAUUGAGGAGGACGUGCUGCGCUACCAGUUUGUGAAGAAGAAGGGCUAUGUGCGGCUGCACACCAACAAGGGUGACCUCAAUCUGGAGCUGCACUGCGACCUGACACCAAAAACCUGCGAAAACUUCAUCAAGCUCUGCAAGAAGCACUAUUACGAUGGCACCAUCUUUCAUAGAUCUAUCAGGAACUUUGUGAUCCAAGGCGGGGACCCUACAGGCACAGGCACAGGAGGGGAGUCGUACUGGGGAAAGGCCUUCAAAGAUGAGUUCCGGCCCAACCUCUCACACACAGGCCGAGGCAUCCUCAGCAUGGCCAACUCAGGGCCCAACACCAACAAGUCCCAGUUCUUUAUUACCUUCCGUUCCUGUGCAUACCUGGACAAGAAGCACACCAUCUUUGGACGGGUUGUUGGAGGCUUCGACACACUGACAGCCAUGGAGAAUGUGGAGAGUGACCCCAAGACGGACCGCCCUAAGGAGGAGGUCCGCAUUGACGCCACCACAGUGUUCGUGGAUCCCUACGAGGAGGCUGAUGCCCAGAUUGCUCAGGAGCGGAAGACGAAGCUUGAAGUAACUCCAGAGGCCAAGGUGAAGACCAACCAGCCCCCCCAGUCUGGGACCCAGGGCCCCCAGACAUACCGCCACGGGGUGGGCAAGUACAUCAACCCGGCAGCCACGAAACGCGUGGCAGAGGAAGAACCGUCAACCAGCACAGCUGUUCCUGUAGCUAAGAAAAAGCCCAGUCGGGGUUUUGGGGACUUCAGCUCCUGGUAGCAGCAGGCGGGCCACACUGGAUCCUGGGAUCCUGCUCUAUGACCAGGCGAUGACAGAAGCAGGACCCUGGCAACCCUCAGUCCCUGGAGCAGCUCUGAGACCCCGAUGCGGGCACUGGAGGAAGCCAGGCCCAUCCCUUCACAUCAAGGAAGGGCCUCCUCACAGUGAGCACCAAGAAGCCAAGAAGUCUGACAUAGGAAGCUUUAUUUAUAAACCUCACAUGGACACAGGACCAAGGCUGGCCUUGCAGCCAGGGGGCAGGCUAGGCUGAAGGCAGUACGUGUGCGCGAGCUUGUCAGUCCCAUCCUCAAGGUGGAGUCUCCAGCUGCCUCCAGGCUGCCAUCCAUGUGUCCUCCUGACCACGCAGCCUCAUCAGUGGCCUGAGCCUGCCCUGGGAAGGAGGAGCGGACCCAGGCCCUGCUCUUUCUCGCCCAGGCCUUUACAAAUGAGGGCUGACAUUUCUGUAGUUCAUUUUAGAGCUUUCUAGAUAUUAAAACCACAUGGAUUUUAUAAUUGCCUGAUAUGGUCAUCAGGUAGAAUAAAGGACUUUUGGAAAAAAA